AGACAUCCCCAGCUUCUCUUCUCUCAAACGCUGCGCGGGAUUCCUCUUCUAGUGCGAAGAGCCUCCUCAACUCGUUACGCCCAAAACAAAAGCACAACAACAACCGCAAUCAUGCCAGGAGGUGGUGUCGUUGCCGUCACCGGCACGACCGAUGUCAACCGCGUCGAAGCCCCCGUUACCGUCCGUGCCUACCUGAUUGUUGCUUUUGCAGCCUUUGGUGGUAUCUUCUUCGGAUAUGAUACCGGCUGGAUGGGUGGUGUCCUUAACAUGGACUACUUUAUCAAGCAAUACACUGGAGCCGAAUACCCCGACGUCAAGUUCCCCGGCGUCGACCACUUGGACAUUCAGAUCACCGACUACCGCAAAUCUACCUUCACUAUCGCACCAUGGCAACAAUCCCUUGUUACAUCUAUCCUCUCCGCUGGUACUUUCUUUGGUGCCAUCAUGGCUGGUGAUAUUGCUGACUUUAUCGGACGUCGUAUCACUAUUAUCAUGGGUUGCGGUAUCUUCAUUAUUGGUGGUAUUCUCGAGACUGCCUCUACCGGUCUUGGUGUCAUGGUUGCUGGUCGUCUCAUUGCUGGUUUCGGUGUUGGUUUCAUAUCCUCCAUCGUUAUUCUGUACAUGUCCGAGAUCGCGCCCAAGAAGGUCCGUGGUGCUGUUGUUGCUGGAUACCAAUUCUGCAUUACCAUCGGUAUCUUGCUCGCCAACUGCGUUGUCUACGCUACCCAGAACCGUCGUGAUACCGGAUCCUACCGUAUUCCGAUCGCCGUCCAGUUCUUGUGGGCUGUUAUCCUCGCUGUUGGUCUCGCUCUUCUGCCAGAGUCCCCCCGUUACUGGGUCAAGAAGGGAAAGCUCGACAAGGCUGCUUCCGCCCUUGGCCGUGUCCGUGGCCAACCCCUCGACUCCGAAUACAUUCAGGAUGAACUUGCUGAAAUUAUUGCCAACCACGAGUACGAGAUGUCCGUUCUUCCCCAGACCAGCUACCUUGGCUCCUGGAUGGCCUGCUUCGAGGGCAGCAUCAUGAAGCCUUCUUCCAACGCUCGCCGUACUACUCUCGGUAUCUUCAUGCAGGCUAUGCAGCAGUUGACUGGUAUUAACUUCAUCUUCUACUUCGGCCCCGUCUUCUUCCAGCAGCUCGGUUCGAUCAGCGACCCCUUCUUGAUCUCCCUCGUCACUACCCUCGUCAACGUGCUCUCUACCCCCGCCUCGUUCGUCAUGGUUGAGAAGAUUGGACGUCGUCCUCUCCUCAUCUUCGGUGCCGCCGGUAUGGUUGUCAUGCAGUACAUCGUCGGUGCUAUCGGAGCCACCGCUGGCAGGAACACUGUCGACCAUCCCGCCAACCCCAACGCUACCAAGGCCAUGAUCGCAUUCAUUUGCUUGAACAUUUCCGUCUUCGCCACCACCUGGGGACCUUGCGCCUGGAUUGUCAUUGGUGAAAUCUUCCCUCUCACCAUCCGAUCCCGCGGUGUUGGUCUUUCCACUGCUAGCAACUGGUUCUGGAACUGCAUCAUCGGUAUCAUUACUCCCUACCUUGUUGCCGACCGUCCCGACUCUGCUCGUCUCGGAUCCAACGUCUUCUUCCUGUGGGGUUCCCUCUGCUGCAUCUCCUUCCUCUUCGCCUACUUCUUCGUUCCCGAGACCAAGGGCCUCACUCUCGAGCAAGUCGACAAGAUGUUGGAGGAGAGCACUCCCCGCACUUCUCGCAAGUGGAAACCCCACAGCACCUUUGCCGGCGAGAUGAACCUCGCAGAGAAGCACAUCGAGAUCCCCGUGGAGAACGUUGCUGCCAAGCACGAGUCCGUCUAAGGGCGGAAAGUGUCUGGUCCAAGAGACUUUUACGACAUGUGGGAUGGGUUAGGUGGAAUCACGAUAUCGGUGCAUCGUUAUUGUAAUUACCGGAAGCUCUUUUUCACUCCAUCACAUUGAUUGCAAUGGACUGCAGAAUCUUCUAGUUUGAUGAAUAUAUAUAUAUAUAUAUCCGGAGUGCCAGUCAAUCAGUCGUUGAUCUGGUACCUCUUUA